AUGGACAAUCCAUCUCUUAGUCUGGUGGCCGCCGUGGAUGUUAUCGGCGGGAGCGAAUCGCAGCGUGGCAGCGCCAUCAACGGACACCUUGUCCAAGAUUGUCAUCAAAAAGCAGUCACUGAUGCCCCAGAAGAGCCUCAGAUUGCCAUUUGCGGUAUAGCACUGCGUCUCCCCGGUGGCAUCACCAACUGCGACGGUUACUGGGACCUCUUGUAUCAUGGCCUCGACGCCAAACGUCCUAUUCCUAGCAGCCGCUUCAACAUCGACGGGUUCAACGAUAGCCUUGGAGGGAAGGACUCAAUCAAGAUUAAGGAUGGGUAUUUCAUUGAAGGUGAUAUUUCGUGCCUUGACACUUCUUUCUUCUCCAUGUCGAAGAAUGAGCUUGUUGGGGUUGAUCCGCAGCAACGACUGCUCCUUGAAGUAACCCAAGAAUGUCUUGAUGAUGCAGGAGAGAUUAACUUCCGUGGAAAGCAAAUUGGUUGCUAUGUCGGUACCUUCGGAGACGAUUGGUUGAUCAUGAACGCCAAGGAGUCUCUCCAGGGAGGAGUAUAUGCUACUACUGGAGGCACAGAUGUCAUGAUGGCCAAUCGCACUUCCUACGAAUUCGACUUUCAAGGACCGAGCAUGGUCAUAAAGACAGGCUGCUCAAGCUCAGCAGUAGCGCUCCACGAAGCUUGUCGCGCCAUCCAGAGAGGCGAUGCCUCAAGUGCCAUUGUCGGAGGAGCCAAUAUGAUCAUGACACCAGCAAUGAUGACAACAAUGUCAGUAGGUGAGAUCCUGGCCCCAGAUGGAUCAUGCAAGGCCUUUGACGCUGCUGCCGAUGGGUACGCGCGCGCCGAAGCCAUAACGGCCAUCUACAUCAAGCCCUUGUCCGAUGCUCUCCGCGAUGGCAAUCCUAUAAGAGCCCUCGUUAGAGCUACGGCUGUGAACUGUGAUGGCAAGUCUAUGAGCCUUGUCACUCCAAAUGGAACCGCGCACGAAGCCUUGAUGAGACAGGCUUAUCGUGAUGUUGGGCUCGAUCCGAAGGAGACUGCAUUUGUCGAGUGCCAUGGUACCGGGACAUCUACGGGUGACCCUAUCGAGACUACAGCGGUAGGGAAGGUCUUUGGCGGGGAGAAGGGUGUUUAUAUCACCUCCGGGAAACCCAACCUUGGGCACUCGGAGGGUUCUGCCGGGCUAUCGGCUGUCAUGAAAGGUGUUCUCGCUCUAGAGCACCAGACAAUUCCACCCAACAUCAACCUCAAGAACCCCAAUCCGAAAAGUGAGUCUACUAUGCAUCAAUGGCUCAUAUUUUACCUAACUCAUGACCAAGUCCCAUUCGCCAAGUAUAACCUAAACGUUCCGCUCGAGCCAACGCCUUUCCCAUCAGAUCGACAAAAGAGAGUCAGCAUCAACUCUUUCGGAAUUGGCGGGAGCAAUGCCCAUGUUAUUCUCGAAUCAUAUUCUCCGAAAACAAAUGAAGCUUCAACCUCGGUCAACCAACAAGUAUCUGGAUCGCUGUCCUUGCUUCUCGUGUCAGCCAAUACGGAGACCUCACUGCAGCAGCAAAUCAUUAACCAUCAAGGUUGGAUAGCUAGAAACCCGGAGUACGUCACUGAUGCUAGUUAUACUCUCGCAAGACACCGUAGGCAUCUGCCCCACAGAGCUUUCAUUGUUUGUCAGGGUGGAAAGCCCAUCGAGGUCUCUAGCCCGUCCAAGAUAUCUUCUAGUUCCGUUUCUCUUGUCUAUGUCUUCAGCGGCCAAGGCGCUCAGUGGCCUGGGAUGGCCAGACAGCUUAUCGACAGCGAUGCUGCUUUUCGCAGUGAAUUGCAUGCUAUGGAUUCAGUCCUACAGAUGCUUGAAUUCCCACCGAGCUGGAACAUCAUAGAUGAGCUCCUGAAAACUGCCGAAACUUCACAAGUAAACCGGGCAGAGCUGUCACAGCCACUCUGCACGGCAAUCCAGCUGGCGCUAGUUAACAGGCUUUCCCGCUUGGGACUCUCACCUGCUGCUAUCGUUGGCCAUUCCAGUGGGGAAAUAGCCGCUGCCUACGCAGCUGGUUAUAUAUCCAUGGAAGAAGCCAUCAUAAUCGCCUACUAUCGUGGCUAUGUGACAACAAAGCAGACCCUCCAUGGGGCCAUGGCGGCUGUUGGGAUGGGAGUACAAGGUAUUUCCGAGUUCUUGACUGAUGGUGUUGUCGUGGCUUGCGAGAAUAGUCCGGAAAGCACUACCAUUUCUGGAGACGCAGACCGAGUUGCUCAAGUAGUUGAAGCCAUUAAAGUGGCUGAUCCUGACAUGUUUGCUCGUCUGCUCAAGGUUGACAUGGCCUACCACUCACAACAUAUGUUGUCUUUGAGUACUGAGUACCAGGGUCUUCUGGAGUCUGAGCUUCCGAAACACGUGGGGACUAUCUCAUCUACCAAGAUUGAUAUGUUCUCCUUUGUCACCACCGAGUUGGUAGAUACGUCUCUUCAUAAUCCAUCCUAUUGGGUCCAGAACCUCGUAUCGCCGGUCCGAUUCUCCACGGCAGUAUCAAACUUGCUCGAAGCCAAGCAAUCCUCUGUCUUCCUCGAAGUCGGACCUCACUCUGCCUUGGCCGGUCCUCUAAAGCAGAUUUGUGCAAUCUCAUCCAGGCCAUUUCAAUACAUCUCUUCCCAAUCCCGUACUAAAGACUCCGAAGCUGUCUUUCUCAAUGCUGUUGGGAAACUCUACCAGCACGGCAUUCCUCUCGACCUAGCUCCGCUAUUCCCCAACUCAAAGGCCAUUUCAGGCUUGCCAACCUACCCAUGGGACCACAGCGAAAAUUACUGGUCCGAGAGUCGCAUAUCCAAGGCCUGGAGGUCCCGCCAGUAUCCCCAGCACUGCCUUCUAGGCUCCCGCAUCUUUGAGGUAUCAGAGCUAGAGCCUCAAUGGCGAAACGUUCUGAGUCUUGAGGAUGUUCCCUGGCUUAUGGAUCAUAAGCUUAACCAGGAUGUCGUUUUUCCGUUCUCAGGGUACGUCGCGAUGGCUGGUGAAGCCAUCAGACAGGUUACUCACUGUCUUCUUGGCGCGGCCUAUCGCUUGCGACAUGUCGUUGCUCAUCGAGCGCUUUUGCUUUCAGACGCUGUUGAAGUCUCGACUAGCCUACGCGCUCAUCAUCUCAACGAUAAUGAAGACUCUUCAUGGUAUAUAUUCACUAUAUCUUCAUAUGAUGGCUCGGGCUGGACCAAGCACUGUACAGGACGUGUCAGCAUUCUUGACAAAGUCCGAGUUACGGACUGGACCCCAGAGGUCCUCUCGCGACAGGUUGAUUGUACGCGUAUAUAUAACCAGCUUGCCUACACGGGCUUCGUCUAUGGCCCUGAGUUUCGUGGUCUGUUGGACGCUACCACGUCUCCCUUGGAGGAUCUAGCCCACGGUCGCAUAGCGAACAAGACUGCUCAUGCCAGUUCUCCAUUCACUUUGCAUCCUGUAACGAUAGAUACUGGUCUUCACUUGCUCCUUGUAUCUCAAGCUAGAGGCCUGGCUAGAAACGUCGUCGAACUAGCUGUACCGACCGUCAUUGAAGAAAUUGAGGUCAGCGCAGGUACGGAUGUGAUGAAAGGUAGAGCAUGGAGGCUACACGGAACAGAACCGAGUGUUGAGCUCAGCGCUGAUGGGAAAGUCUCGUUUUAUGCGUCAGGUAUACAGUUGAGAGCUCUAGGAGACGACGUCACCUUGGAUGAACUCGACGUUCACGCAGCUUCAAGACUGAACUGGCUUCCGCACUUUGACUUCAUGGACCUAUCAACCCUCUUCACUCCGCCAGUUAUUAACAGAGAGGAAUGCCAUCUACAGGAGGAGCUAACCCUUCUUUGCAUAAUUGAAACCUUCGAGAAGGUCAAAUCUCUUGAGCCGUGCCAGCCUCACUUGACCAAGUUUCGACGCUGGCUCCAGAAGCAGCUUGGCCUUAUUGCAUCGGGGAAUAGCAAACUUGUUAAUGAGUCGCAGAAGCUCCUCAAUGCUACUCAGGAGUCUAGGCUCUCCAGGAUCGACGGAAUCACUCAGUUGCUCUUCGAACUGCCGCAAAAAGCGGUCGCGCUGGGAAUACGACGCCUCUGUGAUAACAUGGAAUACAUAUUCACGGGUAAAGCAACAACUAUCGAGAUACUUCUCAAGGACAACCUCUUGGCGGACAUUUACAGCCUUACGACUUUCGAUUACUCUAAGUUUCUGCGCGUUCUAUCACAUACUCGGCCUACUCUCAAGAUUCUCGAAGUCGGAGCUGGCACCGGAGGCACCACUGAGACUAUUCUCCGUGGCCUGUCGCAGAUACGACAUCUCCCAGGUUACUCAGUCUAUACUUAUACUGACGUUUCCGCUGGAUUCUUUCCUGCGGCCAAGGAUCGUUUCUCCAAUGCCCCCAACAUGGAGUUCAAAGUAUUGGACGUUUCCCAGGAUCCCCUGGAACAAGGGUUUCAGAGCGAAACUUAUGAUCUUAUCGUGGCAGCCAACGUUUUGCACGCUACGCCAUCGCUUCAUGUGACAUUGAGUAAUAUCCGGACAUUGCUCAAAUCUGAUGGCAUGCUUGCCAUGACAGAAUUAUGCACAGAGUCUCGUGUAACCACCUACACUGUCGGCACGUUUUCUGGAUGGUGGCUGGGAGAACAGGACGAUCGACCAGAUCAACCUUACGUCUCUGUAGCCCGAUGGGAUCAAGAGCUAAAGAGUGCUGGGUAUAGCGGCGUUGAUGUGGCUGUAUAUGAUGAUGAAGAGCCGUAUCGAAGUUGUGCUGUGAUAGUGGCUACUAAAGAACCUGUUUUGGCCAUGAACCCUACGUCUGUUACUUUGUUGACUGACUCCCCUGAGAGUUACCCAGCUACCCAGAUCUCAGCCGCCCUGGAAGCAAGGGGGUAUAAGAUUACGCUGCACAAAAUCGACAAUGAGCUUCCUCAAGAUCAUGAUAUCGUCUCUUGCCUAGACCUGGAAGCGGCUUUCUUUGAAGAUAUAUCUCAAGAGAGGUUCAUCAAAUUCCAGAAGUUCACAGAGUCCCUCAGCUCAAACAGAAUUCUAUGGCUCAUGCCUCCGACUCAGUUUGGAUGCCAGAAUCCGAGAUCGGCUCAAACACUGGGCGUUGCUCGCACGCUUCGAUCCGAAUUAGGGCUGAGCUUUUAUACGCUUGAGAUUGAUCUUGAUACCAACCGUCUCGACACUCUGGUUGCCGAUGUUUUUGAGAAGGUUUUACAGGAUCGAGAUAGCGAGAAUCUUGAGUCGGACAAGGAAUACAUCGUACAUGGCGAUGCGAUCUGUGUUGGGAGGUAUCAACCUAUCAAUAUUGCUGAGACAUCAUUGGACAAGGCCCAUCGUGGCGAAUAUAUGGAGGCCUUGCGAGUUGACAAGCCUGGAUCUCUCGAUACAAUGAACUGGGUCGCCUCUGCACUACCAGAGACGCUGAAGGCUGACAUGGUCGAGGUCAAAGUUCACUCCGCUGGUCUCAACUUCCAUGAUGUGGUAGAGGCCCUGGGCCUAAUCCCCUCUCAAGCUCCACAUGUCUUACCAGGCUUAGAAGUAUCUGGCACCAUCAGACGCCUUGGUAGUGCAGUGACAGGUCUUUCCGUCGGAGAUCGCGUCAUGAGUCUGUGUUACAACGGUGGCCUAUCUACGCACUUCACAGCCAGGCAUCACUACAUACACAGGAUUCCCGAUAGCAUGAGCUUUGAAGAAGCUGCUUCCAUGCAGUGUUGCUUUUCCACAGUCAUAUACGCCUUGCUUGAUGUGGGAAAGAUGCGCAAAGGAACCAGCGUGUUGAUCCAUUCUGCUUGUGGUGGCGUCGGGCUUGUAGCUAUUCAGGUCGUACAGAUGAUGGAGGGUGAGAUAUAUGCCACGGUUGGAAACAAGGAGAAGAGAGAACAUCUUGUCAAGGAAUACGGUAUCUCGCGAGAACGAGUCUUCAAUUCCCGUGAUGCCUCGUUCCUGGAUGGUGUGAUGCGGCAAACGGCCGGGAGAGGCGUCGACCUAGUUCUGAACUCACUUAGUGGCGAACUUCUCAACGCUUCUUGGAAGUGCGUUACUAAGUCCGGUACUCUCCUUGAGCUUGGAAAACGCGAUAUGGCUUCAUGCGGUCAACUUGAUAUGAGCAGAUUUUUAGACAACAGGUCUUACUGCGGUAUUGAUAUGCACUACUUGGUAGGAUGGCGGCCUGAUCUUGUCAGGGAUAUCAUGGAAAGAACCCUUGACUUCUUCAGACAAGGAAAGCUCAAACCUCUGAGACCUGUCACCUCUUUUGCUGCGAGUGAUGCUAGAAAGGCGUUUCGCUUCCUUCAAGAUGGUCAACACAUGGGGAAGGUUGUACUUGAAAUGCCAGCAGAUCCAUCGAACCUAGAUGCCAAGGUAACUGCUCAUAGCAUUUGCUUCGACCCCCAGGCUUCUUACCUUCUUGUUGGCGGUUUGGGGGGUCUUGGUAAAGCCUUGGCAGUUUGGCUUGUGGAACGUGGGGCCAAACACCUGAUAUUUCUCUCCAGGAGUGGUAUCGCAGAGAGCAAGUUCUCUACAGAACUUGAAGCCAUGGGGUGCAUUAUCGCCACUGUUAAGGGAAGUGUCAACAAUCUGGGAGAUGUCGAAGAUGCCAUUAAAAAGGCUUCCUACCCCAUCAAAGGUGUCUUUCAUCUUGCCAUGGUACAAAGGGAUUCUCCUUUCCUGGAUAUGAGGUGGACAGAUUGGAAGGAUGCAAGCGAGCCCAAAGUCAAUGGCACCUGGAAUCUUCACCGAGCGCUUCAUGGCCAGCCACUUGAUCAUUUCUGGCUAGCGAGCUCCAUAGUCACGGUUGCUGAUCAGCCAGGCCAGGGCAACUACAAAGCCGGAUGCACAUUCAUCGAAUCAUUCUGCCAAUACAGACACUCUCUCGGUCUUCCAGCAUCUGUGCUCUCAAUAUGUGGUGUCGAAGACAUCGGAUACUUGGCAGAAAACCCAUCAGCACUUCGCAGCACUAAACUCCAGGGCCUCCAUAUUGUGAGAGAAAAGGAGUUCCUUGAAAGUGUAGAGGCUUCACUGUUUACCUCAGCACCAAGAGAUCGGAGCUCUGCCAGCCAUAGUUUCGAGAAUUUCCCGUCAAGCGAGAUGUCACCAUGGAAUCACAAUGGUCAUAUUAUUAUGGGCUUGAGAUCUCACCUUCACCUCGAUGAUCCUAAGAAUCCCACCAAUUGGCGUCGUGAUCGUCGAAUGGGCGCAUAUCACAACCUUCCAACAGGAGACAAAGCCGACACGCGAGGCGAAAGGAGUCAACUCAAAGAUUUUCUAGAGAGCGUCAGUGGAGGUGCCGUUGAGAUACUGGUAAAGGAAGAGUCGAUCGACUUUUUAUCUAUCGAGAUUGGUAGAAAGGUUAACGAUUUUCUUCUCAGGCCAGAUGGACCUGUUGAUCCCAACCUCAGACUAUCUGAGAUGGGCCUCGAUUCACUCACUGCGAUUGAGUUACGGCGGUGGUUCAGUCAAGUAUUUGGUUUACAAUACCUCACUCAAUUGAGCGUCAGAAGUCUUCUUGCAUCAUAUCCUGAGAGAGCCACAUCCCGUGCUGCGUAA